GCACUACAGUUGGUAGCUGUGAGCCACAGGUUGUGGAUGAGGACAGAGUUCCACGCGAACACAAUCUGCCCAGAAAAACCAAUCAAUAAAAGGACUUGAAGUUAAGUUGAUGUUUCAUUUGGGAGUAUUUCCCUCAACAUGAGGGUCCGUUACUGAUUUUGGAUAUUGAACACAGGCUGCCUGUUGCUAAAACUUCAAUAUCCAUUUUCAAGAGUUUCGGCGAGCAGAACUGGGCGCAAUUACGCACGGCAAGUACCAUGGCACCGAUUUUGGAUAGACGUGCUCCCGCUUUGCUCUUGGUUUGGAGCUACUGCGUCCUGGCGGAUACCGCCUUUACGAACUUUACUUUGGACAACGAGUUCCACUCAAGUUUCAUCCACCGUCGGCUGAAGAGCCAGGAGCGCAGAGAGAUGCAGCGGGAGAUCCUGUCGAUCCUGGGGCUGCCGCACCGGCCGCGACCCCACCUCCACGGAAAGCACAACGCUGCCCCGAUGUUUAUGUUGGACCUGUACAACGCCAUGUCCACAGAGGGGGACGAGGACAGAUACUCCUACCCCUACAAGCCCGUCUUCACCACCCAGGGGCCCCCGAUAGCCAGCCUGCAAGACAACAACUUCUUGAACGAUGCAGAUAUGGUCAUGAGCUUUGUCAAUUUAGUGGAGCACGACAAGGAAUUCCUACCAGUGCGCCGGCAUCACAGAGAGUUCAGAUUCGACCUAUCACGGAUCCCUGAGGGUGAGGCCGUCACUGCUGCUGAGUUUCGUAUAUAUAAAGACUUCAUCCACGAACGUUACGAUAAUGAGACUUUCCGCAUCAGCAUCUACCAGGUGUUGGAGGAACACUCUGAUAGGGAGUCAGAUCUGUUCCUGCUGGACUCACGGGUGAUCUGGGCAGCAGAGGAGGGCUGGUUGGUGUUUGACGUGACAGCCACCAGUAACCACUGGGUCCUGAACCCUGGCAGGAACCUGGGGCUACAGUUGGCCUUGGAGAGCACAAAUGGAGAGAGUAUCAAUCCUCGUGUGGCAGGGCUGAUUGGUCGCAGUGGGCCUCAGAAUAAACAGCCCUUCAUGGUGGCCUUCUUCAAAGCCACUGAGGUGCACCUGCGAAGCAUCCGCUCAGCACCGACAGGGGCCAAACAGCGUAACCCCAACCGCUCUAAAGGGGCAAAGAGCCAGGAGGCACUCAGAGUGGCCAAUGUUGCAGAAAACACCAGUACUGAUCAGAAACAGGCGUGUAAGAAGCACGAGCUCUACGUCAGUUUCAGAGACUUGGGGUGGCAGGACUGGAUCAUCGCUCCAGAAGGAUAUGCAGCAUACUAUUGCGAGGGAGAGUGUGCCUUUCCACUGAACUCCUACAUGAAUGCCACAAACCAUGCCAUUGUGCAAACCCUAGUUCAUUUCAUUAACCCAGACACAGUUCCUAAGCCCUGUUGUGCCCCCACGCAGCUCCAUGCCAUCUCGGUGCUCUACUUUGAUGACAGCUCCAAUGUCAUCCUCAAGAAAUACCGCAACAUGGUGGUCAGAGCAUGUGGCUGCCACUAGUCUCUCAGCAUCUUCACAUAGCAACGCACAUACGCACACACUCAUGAGUAGAGAGGGCUUCCCCUUGCUGUCAUUUGAAACGUUGAGAAUGGGUUACAAAACAAAGUACACGCACACGCAUUUUAUGAAUGUCCUGAGAGUCCAGGACAGUUUCCUGUGUGGGAAAAAAGCUCUUGUCUCAUUUUCAAGGUUUUCCUGAAGUAAACAUGUUGUGUUGUGGUUGAAAAAGAAUUUCAAUCAAAUUUAGAUUCCUUGCCACCAGUGCACACACACACAUGCACAAACACAAACAUGCACACACACACUCACGUUUGUGCUUUCUACUGUGUAUACAAGACAUUUAAAGCAGUGAUUGUACUGUAUAUUCAUUUGCAGUCAACAAU